AUGCCGAGACCCUCGCGUGACACGUACGGUGAUCAGAAACCGCCGUACUCGUACAUUUCCUUGACCGCAAUGGCGAUCUGGUCCUCGCCCGAUAAGAUGCUGCCCCUGAGUGACAUCUACAAGUUCAUCACCGAUCGGUUUCCGUACUACCGCAAGAACACACAGCGCUGGCAGAACUCACUGCGCCACAACCUAAGCUUCAACGAUUGCUUCAUCAAGGUACCGCGACGUCCGGAUCGACCGGGCAAGGGAGCUUACUGGGCGCUGCAUCCGCAGGCCUUCGAUAUGUUCGAGAACGGGAGUCUGUUACGGCGUCGCAAGCGCUUCAAACUGCACAAAACGGAUAAAGACAUCCUCAACGAAGAGCUGGCAGCGUUGGCCAACAUCAACCGGAUCUUUCUCGCUCAAAACUCGGCCGACGCUUACUGUCCCACGGUGGCACCGGCGCCGGCAACGACCCUGCUGCCCGAACCGCCCGGCGUCGUUUUGCAUCAUCCGACGAGUAUGUUGCCCUCACCACCCCUGGAACCCCUUUCGCCACUACCGGUGCCGGGACCGAUAUCACCGGUCACUGCCAUUACCGCCGACACGGGAACGCCACUGAAACGGAGGACUCCGUUGCGUCCGAAGCGAUCGUUUACCAUCGAGAGUCUUAUCACGCCCGAGCAGGAGGACGAGGACGAGGAAGAUGAGGUGAUCGAGGUGCACGAACGGGACGAUAGUCGAUCGCCCAACAGCGCGACGCAUCUUCAUCAUCAUCAUCAUCAUCCGGCGCUGCAGCAUCUGCAUCAUGGACCAUCCAGCCAACAGCAGCUCCCGCCUGCUAGUAGCCUCCCAGGCGCCAACAUACCUCCAUUCCUUCAGUACACACAUCCUGCGCUGGCUGGUUACGAGUUGCCCAUCCAUCCACUGCUCAUGAUGGGCCCAUUGGGAGCGAUCCCUCCCCAUUAUUUUCACCACAGUUCCUACCACAGUCUAGCGGCGGCUCAUCAUCACCAUCAUCAUCAUCAGCAGCAGCAGCAGCAGCAGCUGCAUCAUCAUCACCAUCAUCAGAUGCUUCAUGGUAUUAGCAGGGAGCAUCAGCACCAGGGAGCUAUCGGCGGAAGUGCCGGUUCUGGUUCCGGAAGUCGAUCACCAACGGGAUCGACCACCGGUCCGGACAGUCCCCGAUCAGGCGGUGGUCCCACCGAUCUCAGUCGACCUCUCGGGCCGGCCCUUCGUAGCGUUUGA